UCACCACAAUAGAACACUCACUAUCACUCACCCCCACACAUCCUCAAAUCAACACACACCCUCAACCCUAUCUUGCCCCACCCUCCCCGUUGUUGCCUCUUGAUCCAGCUUCACACACCUGCUCUGCUUUGUUUGAUGUCUGAAGACUGGUGCGAUGUAGAACUACAGGGCAGCGAACUGAUCCACACAGCGCUUUUCUUUUUGCUUCUCUGACUCCUUCAACUUCCCUCACCCUCUUUAAAUAUUGAAGGAACAGAAAAAUCCGAUAUUUGGACGUCUUUUACGACAGCGAAAUCCCUGAUCUGUCACUGCGACCAAUAAUGAACCGACGAGCCGCACCGAGCACCUCGUUCAGCCCCACCAAGAUCCCAAAUGCAGCAACUACACCGGGCAAAAACCAAACUGGAAGCCACGGUGCUAAUAAGUUCAUGAAUGAGCUACGGAGCAUCCACAAACCGUCCUGGGCUACAGCCGCCCUUUGCAUCGUCAGUUUGUGCAUGGUGCUGUCAUGUGUUCUUUGCAUCUGGAAAAAAUGCUUGAUAAAGAAGGACAAGGACAAAGAAAAGGACAAGAAGAAAGGAAAAGAGAAAAUCAAGGGAGGUUUUGACACUGAAAUGGAUGGGGGUCACAGCGAGCCCGCAAAAGAUGAAAUGGUCACAGAAACAAAGCUUUCAAAACAUGAGCCCAAGGAGGACGAGAAGCUCGGCCGACUUCACUUCACAUUAGACUACAACUUCACCGAAAAUUCGCUAGUGGUCGGCCUCUUGGAGGCUUCAGAGCUUCCUGCAAUGGAUGUGGGCGGCAGCUCCGACCCUUAUGUUAAACUCUACCUGCUCCCAGACAAGAAGAAAAAGUUUGAAACUAAGGUCCACAGGAAGACGCUGGAACCAAACUUCAAUGAAACCUUCACAUUUAAGGUACCAUAUACGGACUUGGGCGGAAAAACCCUUGUGAUGACUGUGUAUGACUUCGACCGGUUCUCAAAGCACGACGCAAUCGGGGCAAUAAAGAUACCGAUGAGCAGCAUAGACUUCAGCCAGUCUCUGCAGGAGUGGAGAGAUCUGCAGAAGGCUGAGAAGGAAGAGAGCGAGCGGCUUGGAGACAUAUGUUUGUCCUUGAGGUUUGUACCAACUGCAGGGAAACUGACUGUGGUUGUCCUGGAGGCCAAGAACCUGAAAAAAAUGGAUGUGGGUGGAUUAUCAGACCCAUAUGUGAAGAUCCACUUAAUGCAGAAUGGCAAACGACUGAAGAAAAAGAAAACUACUAUAAAGAAAAACACUUUGAACCCUUAUUACAAUGAGUCAUUCAGCUUUGAAGUGCCAUCCGAACAAAUAGAGAAGGUGCAAAUAGCAGUGACUGUGCUGGACUAUGAUAAGAUUGGGAAGAACGAUGCCAUUGGGAAACUGCUUCUGGGCGGCAACAGCACUGGGACUGAACUGCGCCACUGGUCAGACAUGCUGGCCAACCCACGCCGCCCGAUAGCCCAGUGGCACAGCCUUAAAUCAGAGGAUGAAGUCAACUCAUUACUUUCCAGCAAGAAAUAAACCAGUGUGCAAGAAAACCAACUAUUUAUUUUAGGCUUAUUUACCGUCCUUCCUUUUAUUCAUCUCCCCAACUAUUUUUGAUUAAACAUUUAUG